ACUAGACGGACAGGAGUGUCGCGCCGCGCACGGUCGGGGACGCUGGUAAUUAUAGGCGGCUGUGGUGGUCCGCCUUACUUGGCGGCCUUCCACCGUCCCCCCUGCACCCCCAGCCGCGCAGACGCCGACUUUUCGGAAAGGCCGACAGCCUGCGGUGUGGGUAGUGACCGGUCGAGUGGGAGCCGAUCAGGGGCGGACGUCGCAGCCGUCUCGGGAACAGGUGUAGCCGCCGGCAGCCAGCACCAGGAUCGACGCCAGGAUGAACUCGUCCGAGUCGGAGAACCCGCUGGACGUCCGGGACGUGCCCCCGUGGACCAUAAAGUCGACAAACAGCUGUCUCCGAUACCACCGUAACUCGCGGGUCAACUCAGAGACGUUCUGUCCGGCGACGUUCGACAACAUCAUGUGCUGGCCGCCAGCCGAGGGAGGGGAGACACUGAAGCAGCCGUGUCCGCCCUUCAAGGGCAUCGACCCAUCCAAAUUCGCGUUCAAGUCGUGCUCUGAGGACGGCAGGUGGUCGGGAAAAACUGAGGACGACUUCAGUCGACCUCAGGGCUUCACAAACUAUUCCAACUGUUUCCUACCCGUCAUGAAGGAUCUCCUGGAGAAGCUUGGCACCCCAGAGGAGAGAAAGCUCAAGUUCACGAUCGCCGAGGGCACAAGGACGAUGGAGCUGAUCGGCUGGUCCAUCUCUCUGUUGUCGCUGCUCCUUUCACUCUUCAUCUUCUUCCAUUUCAAGAAGCUGCAGAAUCACCGGACCCGCAUCCACCGCAAUCUGUUUUUCGCGAUGUUGAUCCAGGUGGUGGUCCGUUUGACUGUGUACGCCGACCAGGCCAUCGUGCGGCGGCCCGACACCAGCCCCAACAAGCCAGGCAUCGACAAUACGCCGGUGCUCUGUGAGGCGUUCUACACGAUGAUCGAGUACGGCCGCACGUGCAUGUUCAUGUGGAUGUUCAUCGAAGGCCUCUACCUGAACAACCUGGUGUCGGUGCCGUUCUUCCAGGGGCCCGUCAGCUACAAAAUAUACUAUCUGCUCGGAUGGGGUCUGCCGCUGUUGAUGACGGCCCUAUGGGCGGGGGUAACCGCCGUCUAUCACCAGACUCAGUGUUGGUGGGGCUACAGCUUCACGCCCUACUACUGGGUGCUGGAAGGACCGCGCUUCACCGUCAUCGCGGUUAACAUACUUUUCCUUCUCAACAUUCUGCGCAUUCUGAUAAAGAAAUUAAGAGGCCCUCAAGCCCAGGAAAGUCCACGAGAGACAGCAAAGGUCAAGAAGUCUGUGCGCGCCGCGCUGGUGCUCCUGCCCCUGCUGGGCAUCACCAACUCCUUCAACAUGAUGACGUCGCCGGUGCACCGGUCGCCACUCGAGUUCGGCCUCUGGAGCUACAGCACCACCUUCCUGCGCUCCUGCCAGGGACUCUUCGUCUGCUGCAUCUACUGCUUCUUCAAUGAUGAGGUGAAGCGCACACUGCGCCACUUCUGGAAGCGGCGGAUGGCGGCGCGGCGCGGCUGCCGGCGCCGCUCCAACCGCUCCACCUCGCUCUUCGACAACCCGUCGCUGCUGGAUGCUGCACGCCGCCAGUCGAGCGUGGCCGCGCGCCUGCGCACCUCGCUCGACUCACAGAUCACGAUCGCGCCGCUCGGCCGACGUCGCCAGCCGUCGGCUGCGGGGAUCCCCGCCGGCGCCGCCACCGCAGGCUCGUCGUCACCCAACGGAACCUGCUUGUGACCCAUCGCCGAAGAGGCGCUCUGACGCCUCCCCAAUCCAAACUCGUCUUGUGCUGAGGUCAAAGACGCUGAGAUUGUAAUUGCUGCAGGCGGUGGAAAGGCCAAAAGCUGUGGUAUUGUCAUACAAGUGGAUGACAAAAGGGUAUGACUCAGUGAUGUCGGUAUUGAAUGCGAAUGGCGUCGGUGUUGACGUGGAAUGGCGUCGGUGUUGGGGUGGAAUGGCGUCGGUGUUGACGUGGAAUGGCGUCGGUGUUGACGUGGAAUGGCGUCGACGCUGAAGCAGAAUGGUGUUGGUAUUGACGUGGGAUGACGCCGGUGUGUAUGAUAAAUGCCGUCGAUGUGAAAUGGCGUUGAUGUUGAUGUGGGCAGGCGACAUUGAUUGUGGAAUUGCAUUAAUGUCGAUGUGACAAGGCGCUGAUGUUUAUGAAAUAAUGUCGACAUUGACGGGAAUGACGUCAGCGUUGAUGUUGAAUGACGUCAUGUCGAUAACGUCAGUGAUGUUUGGCCAGUUGUGAUUGGACGGAGGGGCGGUCGGCAGCCGCGCGUCGACCCCGGACGGUCAGGGUUGUGUAGCGGGAACAGUUUUGUAGUGCGCGGUCAUAUACACAGCGAGGUCAGUUGCCGGCGCGGGGUCCGCCGGCACUCUGCCACACUUGAGUAGUUCGCUCUAGCAUCAUUUACGUGUCUCAUUCAUCGUGUCUGCAUGUUCAUGUACUGUUGAGGCGUCAAACCUAACGUUACGUGGUUGUAAGAUACAAGCGUGCCAGUUUUCAUCAUGCGCCUUCCUUCGUUUAUUAUUUCUCCAUCUUCCUUUGUUUCUAACUUGAACUCCUAUGCUUCGUCAGUCAAUCGUGUUGUUUCUUCACCGAUGAAAUUGGAACAACUU